ACAGACAUGAGUUUGGGGGAAGCGUGCAUUUUCUUGCGAGGCGGGAAAAAUAUUUCAAGGGAUCUGGCAGACGACGAGAUAGACGAACUGCGCGAUGCCUUUAAUGAGUUUGACAAGGACAAGGACGGCCUGAUCAGCUGCAAGGACUUGGGUAACCUGAUGAGGACCAUGGGCUACAUGCCCACUGAGAUGGAACUCAUCGAGUUGGGACAAAACAUCAACAUGAACCUUGGUGGCCGCGUGGACUUUGAGGACUUUGUGGAUUUGAUGGCCCCCAAACUUUUGGCGGAAACAGCGGGCAUGAUUGGCGUCAAAGAGCUGAAAAACGCCUUUAAAGAGUUUGAUGCGGACGGCGAUGGCGAGAUCACCACAGAAGAGCUGCGGUCGGCCAUGAUCAAGCUGAUGGGGGAGCACAUGAGCAGGCGGGAGAUCGACGCCAUCGUCAAAGAGGCCGACGACAACGGGGACGGAACGGUAGAUUUUGAAGAGUUUGUCAGGAUGAUGUCGCACCAAUGA